AUGAGGUUUGAAUCACAUACACUUCCACCGCCUUCUAUUUCUUUCUAUCUGCCUCUGUCUUUUGGAGACGAUCACUCUCCAGUUCCUUCCAUUCCCUACCCACCUCCAAACCACCGCCUCACUCUGAACUCGAUUCCGGUUGAUCAGAAUCAACGAAUUGCUAACCGAGUGCUUUCCAUGGUUUUCUCCAACGCUCACUGCUACUCAGCAUCUUCGUCAAUGGCGGUGUCGACUACAGAUGACGACCCACCAACUUCUACAGCCUUCUGCUGGUACUCCGAUGUGGGCCGACAUGGCGACAUCAAAAUUGAUCAGUUCGCGAUUUCGAUAUUCUUAAGCCAAUGGACGGUGGUGCUAGCGGCCAUGACGUUGGAGAUUCUCGAGAAAACUUUCGCUGUUGAGGCAUAUGCACCUGGUGGAUUUGGAGAACCAAUAGGCUCAUUUGGAGAACCAAUAGUUGAUGCAUAUCCACCUGUGAAGCUUGCAGAAUCUCAUGGCUUUUGUUGGGGUGUUGAGUGUGCAGUUUGGAUAGCUUAUGUGGUAAGAAAACAGUUUCCUGAUGAUAAGAUUUGGAUCACAAAUGAAAUUAUCCAUAAUCCUACUGUUAAUAAGUUGAUCUAUGCAUAA